AUGUACACAGCAGGGUAUUCCAGCUAUCAGCUCAGGUUCCUGUUCCCCACUCCACACUCUGUCCCUAUUCCAAGUUCCUCUUCCUUAUUCCAAACUCCAAGCUCCUAUUCCCUACUCCACACUCUCACUCCUUAUUCCUGUUCCAUAUUCCAUACUUUUACUCCACAUUCCUGUUCCCCACUCCACUCUGUCCCUCUUCCCUACUGCACACUCCUUGUUCCUAUUCCAUACUCCAAGUUCCUAUUCCCUACUCCACACUCUCAGUCCUUAUUCCUAUUCCCUACUCCAUACUUCUACUCCACAUUCCUGUUCCCCACUCCACACUCUGUCCCUAUUCCCUACUGCACACUCCUUGUUCCUAUUCCCUACUCCAUACUUUUACUCCACAUUCCUGUUCCCUACUCCACACUCUCUCCCUAUUCCUUAUUGCACACUCCUUGCUCCUAUUCCCUACUCCAGACUCUCACUCCACAUUCCUGUUCCCUACUCCAAGUUCCUGUUCCCCACUCCACACUCUGUCCCUAUUCCCUACUGCACACUCUGUCCCUAUUCCCUACUGCACACUCUGUCCCUAUUUCCUACUCCAUACUUUUACUCCACGUUCCUGUUCCCUACUCCACACUCUGUUCCUGUUCCCUACUCCACAUUCCUGUUCCACACUCCACACUCUGUCCCCUCUUCCUUACUGCACACUCCUUGUUCCUAUUCCCUACUCCACACUCUCACUCCUUAUUCCUGUUCCAUAUUCCAUACUUUUACUCCACAUUCCUGUUCCCCACUCCACACUCUGUCCCUAUUCCCUACUCCAGGUUCCUAUUUCCUACUCCAUACUUUUACUCCACGUUCCCGUUCCCCACUCCACACUCUAUAUUCCUAUUUCCCACUCCACACACUGUCCCUAUUCCCCACUCCACACUCUAUUCCUAUGCCCUACUCCAAGUCCCUACUCCCGUUCCCCGCUCCGCAGCCCCGCCGCUCCGCGCUCCCCCUGCUCCUCGCGCUCCUCCUGCUCCCACAAAGCCUUGCACUGGAGCUCACAAUGAAACCUUAGACGUCUCUUACGUUUCGGCGCCAUUUUCGAUUGCACUGGAGGUCUAAAUGUGUGGAGAUGAGAAGGGAUGAAAACCCCUGGGCUUCAGGGGUAACUGUCUUAAAUCCUCAAGGCAGCAGCAUCAUUGAAAGGAUAAUUCCCCCAAUGGAAGCCAUCCUGAGAUCGAAGAUCGGGUCAAAGGUGUUGGAUUUCUAGGGUUUUAGAGCAGAAUCAGUCCAAUCGCUGGUUCAUUUUUUUUUUUUUUUUUUUUAACUUUUACUUUACAUACAAACACCAGGGCAAGUUGGGGCCUGUUGAGAGGCGCACAAACAACCUAACUGGCCAUUCUGAGGGCGUUGGUCCCAGACAUGAGUGGUGUUGUAGGUCAUCUUACUUCCCAUACUAGCGGAAUGCUGCAUUGCCAAAUACAACCCGCUUGCUGUGUCAUCUGUGAGAAAGACUUAUUGGCCAGGGACCUCCUGCACAACCCCAGAUGCUCAUUAGGCACGAAGAAUGAUACGACGGGUACGAUUAUCAAUUUACAUUUAUUCAGUCAGGAGACACUUUUCUCCAAAGUGAUGUAAAACGGAGGGCGAACGAACAUUCGAGAACGAACGAAGCGCUUUCGACAGAGAGACGCGAUUCGCCGAAGCACCUUACGGAAAUAGCUGCCUGUAGGAUCGUCAGUCGGACAGGAGAUUCAAAGAGGAUGCAAAGUCGCGGAGCUUUUAGAUCGGGAGAGAAGUCGAUGCGGAAGAGACGUGUUUUCAGACACGUUGAAAGGGAUUCAGCACCUUGGAGGGACAGAGGGAGCUCAUUUCGUCACGCUGGACCCGAAACGGAGAAGCUGCAGACUUUUCAUUUUUUUCGGUUUCUUGCGCACAUCUUACGGAGCUGGACUUGUGACCGAAGGGAUGCGAGGCUCUCUUGCCUGUGGCUGGCAGCCGCUGUAGCAGCACGUCAUGGUUUGCUGUGAUAUGGAGAUGCAGGCCAUGAGGAGCUGCCGCUCGGGCUCCUGCAAUCGUCCGCUGCUCGGUCCUUCACCCCUUCGCGGUCCGAUUGGCCCGGAUGAGGCGAUAGACGUUCGCCCAGACCAACGGCAUCCUGUGGAAGCGGAGGUGUGUCUGUGGGCGGUGCGGUAGCAGCACGUAAAUACUGGAGCUGGGUUGUAGCGUGUCCAGUGUUGGUGUUCUGCUCCAGUAAAGCCUGCUUUUAUAUGGUAACACACUGACUUCAGGCACAAAUCCCUCACCGAGUGUCUUUUUAUGUAUCUGAUGUGUACAGAGGGUACGUUUUUAUCGUCUGAAAACAUUAUGGGGGGGGAGUUGGGGAGAGUUUAAAAAAAAAGUACUCGUUCUGAACACCUUUGGAAAUGGAUUUUUAUUGGUGUGUCGUGUCUGAGGGGGGGUGCAGUACGGUGGCAAUGGCGGUGCACAGCACGCGCUGACACUGCUCUGCUGAUGGGGGGGGGGGGGGUAAGGGCAUGUAAGCGCAGGCUCGUACAUGCCCCCUACAGGACAAGCGGAGAACAGAAGUUCCACGUACAAAAGGAAGCUCCUGUCCAGAUACAUCGGAGCACAACGGACCGACCAUCCUGGAACCCUUUCGAGAACCGUACUGCUGUGACGUUACGCUUCCGAGAACACGCGUGCGGCCUAACAAAUUUUCAGUAAAACGUGGAAUCGCACAUCCUCUUGCAACGGUGGGAGUCUUGGAGCAGCUGCAUUGCAUAGAGAUAAAAUGUGAAAAAUAAGAAAUGGUGCCUCUUGUCAUGCUGCGAUCAUAUAGAUUUAAGGCACCGCAUCACUUCCCCCCCUUCAGAGAUUGCGUUUGCCUUUCGUGUAUUUACAAUCGCGAGCGGUGGCAUGCACCGGUGGAGGCGAGAGGCCGUCACCAUCACGAAGCAGCAGAGAUUUUGCCCGUUUUUCGAAGAGGUACGUUCCGCCCACGGCUGGGGUUGGCAACAGGACGGAGUCCACCUGAAAAGAGCGGAGAACGAAGCACGACGUUCGACUUUGGCAAUAAAACUUUACCAAAAAUUAACCUCGCUUUUCGAUUUAUUUCAACAAUCGAGGAUUUGCGAUGACUAAACGAAAACGAAUUUUGCCGCCUGACCCAAAGAGCAAAAUUUGACAAAAUAUCGGAAAUCCAGCCACUCGGGCUCCGUUUCUAAUUUCAUGCCACAAUCGGAGAUCUGUAUUGUAACUUGACGAAAAUCAUUGAAGAAAAUGAGUCACAGAAUCACGUCAGUUAUACUUUUCCAGUUUUUUUUAUGACGGGCUCAAAAUGCAGGUAUACGUCUUGAUUAUU